CGCACUAUUAUCACAUUUGUUUUCCGGGGUCGAUCAGUAAUUGUACACAGUGUCUAAAAAAAUCAUCAUUGUGUACCUUUGUCCCUUUCCUGUUCACACAGUUAUAGCACCGACCACUCAGGGGGGAUUUUGAAGGUUUUUUCAAAAAGAGAGACGCUUUGGAAACGGCACCGAGAGGACGUCCUUAAAGAUGAACUUCUUCAGAGGAGUGAUGGGUGGACAGGCAGCCGGGCCGCAGCCGUCAGGAGCGGAGACGAUCCAGAAGUUGUGUGACCGGGUGGCCUCCUCGACACUCCUUGACGACCGCAGAGAUGCUGUCCGUGCCCUCAAGUCCCUCUCUAAGAAAUAUCGUAUGGAAGUUGGCACACAGGCAAUGGAUCACUUGAUUAACAUACUGCAAACUGACAGGUCUGACUCUGAAAUCCUCGGCUAUGCUUUGGACACACUGUACAACAUCAUCUGCAACGAUGAGGAAGAAGAGCAAGAUGAAUCAGAAGAUGAGAAUGUCCAGAAGCAGGCGGAUGACCUGGGAGCCCAGUUCACAGAGAGGUUCAUUCAGGACCCUGAACAUGUGACCCUGCUUCUCACUCUGCUGGAGGAGUUCGACUUUCAUGUACGUUGGCCUGGCGUGAAGCUGUUGACUGCUCUCCUGAAGAACCAGGGCGUUCAGGUCCAGGGUGUUAUUCUGGUGAGCCCCAUGGGUGUUUCCAGAUUGAUGGACCUGUUGGCAGACUCUAGAGAAGUAAUUCGCAAUGAUGGCUUGCUGUUGCUUCAACAGCUGACCAAAAGCAACGCUGCCAUUCAGAAAAUCGUGGCAUUUGAAAACGCAUUUGAGCGUCUCCUGGAUAUCAUCACAGAAGAAGGCAGCAGUGAUGGAGGUAUUGUGGUAGAGGACUGUUUGCUGCUGCUGCUCAACCUGCUGAAGAACAACAGCUCCAAUCAGAACUUCUUCAAGGAGGGCUCCUACAUUCAGAGAAUGAAACCCUGGUUUGAGGUCGGCGACGAUAACUCAGGCUGGUCGGCACAGAAGGUCACCAACCUCCACCUCAUGCUGCAGCUGGUACGAGUCAUGGUGUCUCCAGUGAACUCUCCUGGAGCUACGUCCAGCUGUCAGAAAUCCAUGUUUCAGUGUGGUCUGCUGCAGCAGCUGUGUACCAUCCUCAUGGCUACAGGAGUGCCUGCUGACAUCCUCACUGAGACCAUCAACACUGUAUCAGAGGUCAUCAGAGGCUCACAGGUCAACCAGGACUACUUCGCAUCUGUCAACGCUCCUUCAAACCCUCCGAGGCCGGCUAUCGUGGUGCUGCUCAUGUCUAUGGUGAAUGAGAGACAACCAUUUGUGCUUCGCUGCGCAGUCCUUUACUGCUUCCAGUGUUUCCUCUACAAAAACCAGAAAGGCCAGGGGGAAAUUGUGGCUACGCUGCUGCCCUCCACCAUUGAUGCAAAUUCCAUAUCGGCAGGUCAGCUGCUGUGCGGAGGCCUGUUUUCAGCAGACUCUCUGUCCAACUGGUGUGCCGCUGUGGCCUUGGCUCACGCCCUGCAGGACAACCUUACCCAGAAGGAGCAGCUGCUGAGGGUUCAACUGGCCACCAGCCUGGGAAAGCCACCUGUGUCCCUGCUGCAACAGUGCACCAACAUCCUCUCCCAGGGAGAUAAGAUCAUCCGGCGGGGCAGUAAAGUGCAGACCAGAGUGGGCCUCCUCAUGCUGCUGUGCACAUGGAUCAGCAACUGUCCGAUAGCUGUCACACAUUUCCUACACAAUCAGGAAAACGUGCCCUUUCUGACAGCACAGAUCUCAGAGAACCUGGGAGAGGAUGAAAGGCUGGUGCAGGGCCUCUGUGCUCUGCUUCUCGGCAUCUGCAUCUAUUACAACGACAACUCGCUGGAAAACUACACCAAAGAGAAGCUAAAGCAGCUCAUCGAGAAGCGGAUCGGAAAGGAAAACUUCGUAGAGAAGCUGGGCUUCAUCACCAAACAUGAGCUGUACUCGCGGGCAGCUCAGAAGCCGCAGCCCGUCUUCCCGUCUCCAGAGCAGAUGCUGUUCGACCACGAGUUCACCAAGCUGGUCAAAGAACUGGAGGGUAUGAUCACCAAAGCAGUUCAUAAAUCCAGUGAGGAGGAGAAGAAGGAAGAGGAGGUGAAGAAGACUUUGGAGCAACAUGACAACAUUGUAACCCAGUAUAAAGAGCUGAUCAGAGAACAGGAUGCCCAGAUCCAGGAGCUGAAAGAGCAGGUGUCGUCUUUGUCAUCUCAGAACGAACAGAUGCAGACCACAGUCACCCAGCAGCAGUCCCAGAUCCAGCAGCACAAAGAUCAGUACAACAUCCUCAAGCUAAAAUUAGGAAAGGAGAACCAGAGUCAGGGAGACGCCUCGCAGGUGAACGGGCUGCAGACGGAGGAGCUCACGCAGCUCCGAGAGGAAGUGGAGGAGCUCCGCAAGCAGUAUGCACUCCUUCAGACGCAACUCAGUGACAAAGACGCGCUCAUCGACACCCUGCGAUCAGAGACAUCACAGACAGCAGAAGGUUCAGCAGGAGGAUCAGACAACACAGAACUGCUCAAGGAGCUGGAGGCUCUGAGGAGUCAGGUCCACUCACAGUCUGCAGAAAUCAACCACAUGAAGACAGAGAGACAAGAACUGUUGAGAACAGCUGAAGCUGGGUCUUUGGGCACAGUCCCCAGCAGUGACGGCUCGCUAGACGCUGCCAAGAUGGCAGAACUGGAGAGCAGACUUGCAGCACAGACGACUGAGACAGAGAGACUCAAGGAGGAGGCAAAGAGCUGGUCGGACAGCCGGGCGGAGCUGGAGCGGCAGCUCGCUUCAGCCACCAGCACCGUCGCCAUCCUGCAGACUGAGAAAGCAAAGCUGCAAACGGAGGUGCAGGAAUCCAAGAAGGAGCAGGAUGACCUGCUGAUGCUGCUGGCAGACCAGGACCAAAAGAUCCACAGCCUCAAACAGAGACUCAAAGAGAUGGGAGAGACGGUGGACGACGAAGAUGACCUUGACGCCAGGGACCAAACAGAUGACGAUGACGAGGAGGACGAUGAAGAUGAGGACUAGAUGGGGAAAUAAUAAAAAAAACACUGAUAGAAGAUAAAGUAGAGAGAUGGGGAAUUUGUCUGCCAAGAAAAGACUUAAACACACCUGAGAAACUGAAGCAUAGGACUAAUAUAUUGAAGCAGUUUCUCUCUCCGGCUGCCAUGCUACCUUCAUUUUCCUUUACCCCCUUUGUCACAUCACAUGGACAUGUUAGUUAUUGGGACAUUUUUUUGUGUGUGUGUGUGUGUUCAGGAUGUGGUUGUUCAGUUUUCAGUGACAGCUAUGUGAUUUAAACAAGUCAGUGCAUUCAUCUCUGCCACUUCCUUACCAUCAGUUUGUGAUGGAGUUUGCCACUCACAUGUUCAUUGUACCGUGCUGUCCUGUAGUGUUAAGGUUACUUUUGACACAAGAGUCAUCUGGGAUAUUUAGAGAGGACGAUUUAACAAAUGUAGCAAAAAUGCACAUGUUAAGACAUUUGAUGUUUCCCCCUCCUCAGUUUAUCACAAACAGGCUGCUGAGCUCUUCUGGCUUGUUCACAUCCUGCUCUGCUGCUCCCGCCAGAUGCACCUACAGCAUUAACAUCACCUGCAACAUGUCGCUGUGCUGCGCCGUGAAUUCAUCUUCACACCCCCGUCGAUUCGAGUCCACUGUGUUACAGUAUUUCAACACUCAGAGUUGUUCCAUUUUACUUCUCACAACUCAGCCUAAUUGCUCUACGAUAUGCUGCAAAACACUGACAGAAAAGAUGUUAAGACAAAAAAAGAUAUUUUUGCAACUUUUUGUCCAGUUUUGGCAUCCAGCUUCUGUAUGAUAUUGUGUAACUUAUCAGUUUAUGAGCCACAUUGAAAUGAAUAAAGAAUAUCAGUCUGUAUGCCUGUAGGGAGGAAUGAUUGUAGAUAAAUUAAAUUUUACUAAAUCUA